UACAUGCAAAUCAUGGAACUGGAGAGAUGAUACCAUCGCGUACACUUCCCUUGCCGAAGUCACCAAAGCGGCAGCAAAAACGGACGACGUGAGAGUUGGACAAUGCUUUAACACUUUUACCGCCAAACAGUGAACGUUCUUUAUCUGACAAAAUGUUGAGGUGGGAGGAGUCUCUUUGGGAAGGUCGGACUUGUGUUGGCCCUUGAGACUUCAUUCGUGUAUGCCACCAUCAGUUUAGGGUUGAAGGUGAAGAGACGACAACGUUGGCACACGCUCCUGCAAAUCAAAGGUCCUUAUAUAUGGCUUCGAUUACCUCAUUACGACAGAGGCGAUUCACGUAAUUGUGAUACUAAAUCUUUGAUAGUAUACACCACGAGGAAUCAUUGCUUUCCUUCAUGAGGUGAAGCCUCUAAACGUUAAAAAAUGAUCCUUGUUGCACUCUCUAUGUGCCUCGUCCUCGGCGUCGGCCAAGGAACUUCGGAAAAGAUAUCUGAUGGCGUCGACCUCUCACGACCCAUCGAUAUCGGCGAAGAUUCUGGCUUGGAGACCAUGCCUUUGCGACAAAGCUUAAAGGUGAAUAUAAAACCACUCAGUGAGAUCUCGCAGGAACUCCGGAGCCACGAGAGGACUUUGGAGAGAGACCACGGCGACGUGCUCAGAGAGAGGGAAAUGGAAAGGGCAAUAGCAAAGGAGAGGCAGAUGGAACGCGACAGCGAGAAACAAAGGGAGAGGGAACUUGCUGCUGAAAGAGAGAGAGCGAGAGUACGGGACAGAGAGAGAGAAGCAGCCAUUGAGAGGGAAAGAGAAGCAGGACGAGACAGAGGAAAGGGACGGCAGUCGGACUACGAGCGAGACAGAGAAAUCGAAGCGAAGAGGGAGCGCGAUCGGGAAGAGAGGCGAGGCACGCCCAUCGCGCUUGAGAGGAGACGAGGAGAAUUUGACCCUCACAGACCAUCUCAGCAAUUCGUCUCGCAAAGCGGAAUAGAAAAGAAAAUUGAGCAAGACCGACAGGAGGAGAUCGAACGCGAGAUUAGAAAAGCCGAACAAAGGAAAGAGGCCCUGCGAGGUAGUGCUUUGGCCAGUGCUUCGUAUGACGUCCGGCCGUCCUCCAGGAUAAUCGACAGCCGGAGGAACGAAGAUGACAGAAUCAGACAGGCUGAGCGCGAGAGAGCGAUCCAGAGGGAGCGAGAGCGACAUGAAAAGUCGCACCGACGAGAUGAAGGAAAUAGCCAGAGAGAAAGAGACCGAGACCAGCGUCGAGGAGAAGGUUCUGCAAGAGACCACCAUGAUCAUAGGCACGACGGGCAUCGGUUCAGCCAUGAGAAACCCCCCAUUCUGAUCAUUGAGGAAGUGCCAAAUGACUCGGCUAGUGGAGAGCGUGCGAACGGAGGUCCAGCGUGGAGCGGGAGGCCGAAUAACAACAAUAGGUACAGAGGCCCCGGCGGCGCUCAGAGACCGAUACAGGACCCACGAGCGCCUGACAGACAUCCUGUUCUUCCGCGUCCCAGCAUCACGAACUUAGACCGUCGUCCUGGCCGCCCUGACUAUCCGUCCAAGUACGAUGAAGUGCAUUUAGACAUUAUCCAUGAGCACUUCCCUCAUCAUGGCCAUCAUGACGGCGUUGUAAAGCCAGUUCCCAUUCCGCCUCCGCCGCCCCCACCUGUGCCAGUUCCUGUCCCCGUCCCGGUCCCGGUCCCUGACCCCGGUCUGAUCCUGCAGCAGGCCCUGCUCACGAAGCAUGCCCUCGAGGCCGGGGCGGUAACGAAGGCCGCAACGUUGGGCGUCUUGGGAGCCAUCAAGGCCGGAGCCGCGGCUCAUCUGGGAGCACUGGGAGCCGGGGCCGCCGUCAGCAACAUCAAGCACGCCGUCAAAGACAAGCUGAAGACGCACCUGAAGCACAAGGUGGCGCAGACGAUUGCCAGUGGAUUGGCCGUUCCAGCCGGCCUUCAUGCUCUCAAGGUGCACACUCAGCUCAAAGGAGCACAUCAUCAGCUGCAUAGAGCGCGUGAGGCCGUCUUACUCAAGCUGCUUUUGCUCAAGCCAUACUUUAAGCAUGUCGGUCCCACCUACAUUUUACCCCCCGAAUUACCGGACAUACCUAUCGGAGUCCAGUUAACACCUGUUGAAGUGGAACAGCUGCCAAGGAUAUACAUUGAUCAGGUGCCCCACGGCGAUGCCUUUGCCCCUAUCCACAUCCCCGAACUCAGGGAUGUGUUGGAGCCGCCCUUGGAAGCCGAAUACGUGGAGUACGUCCUCGGUUUGCCCGAGCACAUCUUCCAUACCGUCACAAGCAUGUCAAAGCGAGAGUUCUUGGUGACUUUGUUCCCGCGACUCUACCGGGAUUCGGUUCGUGAUUUGGAUCCUGUUGAGGACACGACGCCCGUGUACAUCCCCAGCAAGACGGCCACUUCUUCGUACAGUGUCCCGCCCGUGUAUGAGCCCCCCGAAGCACCCGAAUCUACCUACGCUGUGCCAUCUGCAACGCCCGUCUACACGCCGCCUCGCAUAACGCCCCAGCACGUGUCCUCUCCCAAGCCGCCGCCUCCCCUCUACAACGUGCCGUCGACCCCAGCUGCGGCCUAUGGACCCCCACCCCUCACCACGCCCAAGCUUCCCCCGCCCAUCGUCUUCAAGUCUCCUAAACCUGUCAUCACCACCACCCACAGGCCAAUCAUCACCACCACACACAGACCCAUCAUCACCACCACACUCAAGCCAAUUGUCACCACCACCCACAACCCCAUCAUCACCACGACCUUCAGACCUGCCAUCACAACUACCUUCGCUCCGUCACCACCGUCGCCUUCCUACGGACCGCCCCCACAACCGCCACCUCAGCCGCCUCUACCCGUUUACGGACCGCCCCCUUCAACCCCCGCCUGUUUACGGGCCACCCCCUCCGCCCCGCCUGUCUACGGACCGCCUCCUCAACCGCCCUCUCCUGUUUACGGACCCCCAGCCACGCCCUCUGAGCUUGUGGUCGUCAAUCACGUCGACUGUCACGACCGCGACGACCCACACUCUACUGUGGAACAUCACCACGUCCAUCAUCACCACCAUGUUAGUGAUGGUGCCCAACAUCGGGAUCCUGUCAUCAUACCGGAGGGGCCCAUCAUAGCACCAGAAAUCAACGUGGCCUUUGAGCCGCCCAAGGCACCUGUGCUGACCACCCACCACACGCCCACGCUCUCCACUCCCCAUCCGUCCAUCUACACCACCAGUCACACCCCUCUCUUCACGACCGGGCGACCCCUUGAUAACUUUCUGAAUGGGAGCCACACGGAAAGCACCCACUUCGGAGAGUACCACGUCACCGAAGAUGGAAGCCAAGAGGUACCUCACCCCCCUGGUCCUUUCCGGGUAUUCACCCCUGGCCCGUCCCACGUCUCAUCAUCUGUGCCCAUCCAUGUAUCAACCCCUGAACCUGUUGUUGUCACGUCGCCAGGACCUAUUCACAUCACUACAGAGGCACCGCUCCAUACGUCCGUUCACGCCACCACACCCGAUCUUGUUCUGAAUUCGCACGUCACACCAGCGCCCAACUUCUUCGACACACUUGUUCCGAACCAUUCCGAAGUAGGGGCCAUCCACGUGACCACACCUGACAGCACGCGUUCGCACCACACACCUGGCCCCAUCCACAUAACUACAGGAGAUCCACACCAUCCUCCUGAUCACAUCCACAUCACAUCCCCCAAUCCCAUCCAUAUAAAGAAUGAUGUCUUUAAGGCUUCUGAGAUUGAUCCUUUUAACUUACCGAUACACGCGCAGCCCGACCACGUCCACGCAACAACGCUCGGCUCCGUUAGUAUUCAGCCUCAUGGCAGCCCUGAAUCCGUUCGUGUGGGCAAGUACAUACCACCUCAUAAACCCGACUUUAUCAGGGCAGGUGGACAUCACAUCGCGACUGUAACAGAUCAUGCGAUUGGCCCAGUUCAUACCACGACACACAUUCCAAGUGAUAUAUUUAAGCCUGUCCACCUAACUACCGCCUUGCCACACCUCUCACCCGGGUUAGAUCAAGAAUCCAUUCAGCUGACCAUUUCCGAGUCGGAUUAUAAGGCUGGGCCAAUACACGUCACUAUAUCAGAACCGGCAUAUGAAGGCGGCCCCAUCCAUGUCACCACAUCCCAGCCGCACUUAAACCAAAAGCCUGAGAAUGUGCACCACACGACCCUCAGGCCCCACCUUGUACAUCAUUCAACCCACAAGCCUGACCACGUAUUCCAGUCAACCCACAAGCCUGACCACGUAUUCCAGUCAACCCACAAGCCUGACCACGUAUUCCAGGCAACCCACAUACCUGAUCCUGUAUUCCAUCCAACCCACAAGCCGCACGGGCAUGAAGGUAUAUUCCUCUCAACACAUAAACCAGACCACACAAUCCACACGACACCUGAUCCUAUUUUCCGUUCAACUUACAAACCUGAUCGUGAGCACCAUUCGACUCACAAGCCAGGCCAUGUACACCAUACUACCCAUAGACCAGACCAUGUACACCAUUCCACCCACAGGCCGGGCCAUGUGCACCAUUCCACCCACAGACCGGGCCAUGUACACCAUUCCACCCACAGACCAGACCAUGUACACCAUUCCACUCACAAACCCGAUCACAUAUUCCGCUCCACACACAAGCCACAAGGAGUGCCAGAAGUCAUACACGUAGUGACACAGGAACCGCCGCUGUCGACGCACCACAUCUCCACUGUCAACCCUCUGAUUGGGGGGGUCGUUCUGCCGGUUGAGCAUCACUCCAUCACGACUACGGUCAAGCCAGAACGACGCCCAGGCAUCCCAGUAACCACCUCGACUGUGGUCGUGGGCGUUGGCGUGAAACCCCAUGGAAGCGAGAAUCAUUUCUUCACGCCCGUCUCCUCGACAGUGCAUCCUCCAUUCUCGCCCAUCACGCCCCUUUUCCCCGCAACCACCGUCGGCACACCCAUCACGUCCACCUACGCCGUGGUGCCCUCCGCCGCAACGACGCCCUCCAGCAUCCCCUCCUCCACACAGUUCACGACCAUUCGCCCUCCGCUGACGUCAAUAGCCUCUGUCUUGCCCAUAACGACUUCAUCUUACGCCAGCAUCGGGCCCACGAGCGCCGAACCGCCGGCCGUCCUGACCAGUACGUACUCCUCCGUCUUUCCACUCACCCCGACGCGGAUCAUCCCGACCACUCCAAAGCCGACAUUCAUAACCACAACGCGACCUUUCCCCACCACUCCCGGGCCAACUGUCAUUACCACAUCGCGCCCAAUACCCACCACAAGAAGGCCCACCAUCAUCACCACAGCUCGUCCUUUCCCUACCACGAAAAGACCAACCAUCUACACGACAAUCCGCUCGUUCCCGACGACCAUUCGCCCUGCCAUCGUACCCACCACAUACCCCACCAGCCAGAGGCCACCCAUUAUAACCACCCUCCGUCCCUUCACCACCACGCGACGGCGACCCAGCACGACGCCCAAGCCUCCCUUCGUCAUCCCGAGCGUCAUCCCGUCCAUUCCGACGCCGUUCGACCCCGCCACGACGCCGGUGUUCACGGUCACGGAAAUUCCAGCGACGACGACGUCUAGCACCGUAUUCCAGCUCUCGCCCACCGUCAUCGGGAACGGACAGUUUGAGAUCGAGGACAGCACGCUACCGCCGCGACCUCUAGAAAGCGAUGAGAUCGAUAUCCUGGACAACCUCGACCUGAAUAUUGACGUCUCAACGGAAAGGCUGUCGUACCUUGACUCCGGGAAAGACUUGGAUCGGCACCCUGGCACGGACGCGAACGAUGACGUGCACGUUCUCUCGCCGUUCACGAAGAGGAAAGGAAAUGCCACAGAAAACAAUCAGGAGCACGCAGACGAUGACCCCUUUGGAUUGUACACAGAUUACAUAGACAAGAUCCUAAAUCCAGACUCAACCGCUACUGAUGAGUCCUUAACUGCCCAGGAUAACUACGACGAUGAUCCCUUCGGCCUAUACACAGACUACAUGGAUAAGCUCCUCAGUCAAAGUCCCGAAUCCUCCUCCCACGCCACCAACACUCGACGCUUAGUCACAGGAACCUCUGCUAUUUACACCACCACAACAGCAGCGCCCAUACAUGGCGAGACUCCUUACACACAGGUUGUUUUAUAAGUGAAGAAACUGUCUCGUACUUCUAUUUUUUGAUGUUUUGGUACUCUGCGCUUAUUUUUUUUUUAAAGGAAUGGCCCCCGAAUGCGUUAGCGUCUCUUUGUCACCCUACCUAACAAACUUGAUUAGGCUUGCCAUGCGUUAGCGUCUCUUUGUCACCCUAACUAACAAACUUGAUUAAGCUUGCCUGGUACAGUGAUUACGUCAUUACAGAGCAAACUCAAAAUAUCGUAUAUACUAUAUAUAUUGCAUUUAUGUCGAUUGAAGUAGUCAUGAAUACCCUUGUAACCCGUGCUGGUUUGUUUGAAUUAGUAUUUCAUUACGCUUAGCGAUACGGUAUUACU